CUUGCUGGUACAUUUAUGCAGGCAUUGAAGACACUAUCAGGCUACACGAUGCACGAUAUCCCAAAGACAACCUUAGAUACGAUAGCUAGACCAGCUCUAGCAAAACCUACAGCCUCAUUUUAUAAGAGACCUUUGCCACCCAAAUGCACUUCCUUCACUUCAUCGAGGGGUAAGGAAAUGUUCGCGAAUGCUCUAUUAGAGGGAAAUAUGGAAGCCUAUUUCCCCCUAGCGAGUCAGUUCAUCACACAAAACGAACCAGCAUAUUGUGGAUUAGGCAGCCUCGUUAUGAUCCUGAAUGCACUUGGCCAGGAUCCAGGAAGGCGCUGGAAAGGUCCCUGGAGGUGGUAUGAGCAGGAGAUGCUCGAUUGCUGUAGAUCCCUGCAGAGCGUCGCAGAAACGGGUAUUUCGCUCACAGAAUUUACCUGUCUUGCACGCUGCAAUGGAUUGAAAGCAGACGUACAACCUGCUCCAAUGGGUAUCGAUAAAUUCAGAGAGGAUGUCAAGCUCGCCUCUAGGAGUAGUGGUACUUUCAUGGUUUUGUCUUACUCACGUAAAAGUCUCGGACAAACGGGUGACGGUCACUUUAGCCCCGUUGGCGGAUACUCUGAAGCACAUGACUCACUUUUACUUCUAGAUGUCGCAAGAUUCAAAUAUCCGAGCUAUUGGACUUCAAUUGAGGAUGCAUAUGAGGCGACGCUUCCAUUGGACAAAGUAACAGGUCAACCGCGAGGAUAUACACUCCUCUCCCCCGUGGAACCAAAUGAGUAUAGUAGCACUUCACCUUCAGUUACAACAAUCAGUUUGAAUAAGAGUACCUGGAAGUUGUUCCAAAUCAAGAUGAACAAUGCGUUGAGGUCGCUAUCAAGCAUU